AUGACCAUGAAAGGCUACACUGGCAAGGCUGAGUUUCAGCCUGAUCUGAGGGAGAAAGCACUCAAGACUUCUACCUCCCCAUCCAGCGAUCACUUCAAAUCGUUGCGCCUAAAAGCAGCACCGCUCUCAAGCCCAUCUCCCCUUCGAUCCCAAUACCUAUACAAGACAAAUUUGCUUCGGAGCCAGUACCAUCAAGACCAUCGUCGACGUCACCAGCGGAGUGUUGAGGACUGGCGGAUAACUAUGGCCGAAGCUUCGGGCACAUCCUCCACAGGAGGCACGUCGAAAGGAAAAGAAGACCAAUUACAUGUUAAAGAGCUGGGGCUCACACAGAUUGAUGGGCACCCAGAAGAUCAUCCGUUUGUCGCCGAUGUGGUAUUUGUCCAUGGUCUGCAGGGACAUCCCCAAAGAACGUGGCAGUCGAAGUCGAACCCCGAUUCCAGCAUCAGGGCUCGAAAAUUUCGUAGACUCUUUUCCCGGAAAGGCACGGAAGCGAUAGCUCAUGAUGACCCCAAGCCGUUCUGGCCAGCGGAUAUACUUCCUCAGGACCACAAGGAUGUCCGGAUACUAACAUUCGGUUAUGACUCGAAAGUGACGAAAGCGUUUAUGGCCCCGACAAGCAAGAAUGGCAUAUUUCAACAUGGCAAUUCAUUUCUGAGAGCUGUAAGCCGUGCCCGAGUCGGCUGUCGUCAACGUCCAAUUGUGUUGGUAGCACACAGUCUAGGCGGCCUCGUCGUCAAACAAGCCUUGAUUGAGGCGCAGAAACAGAUCCAUGAUCCUGGCUUACUCGAUAUUAACGAUUCUACUCAUGCUAUCAUAUUCUUCGGUACCCCACACAGAGGUUCAGAUCUCGCGUCAUGGGGUCUCCUGCUGAGUACCGUUGCUAAGGUCGCUCAAUUCGACACGAAUGAAGCCGUCCUCAGAGAUCUGGAUCCUAUGAGCGGGAGCUCCAAAUUAGAGGAGAUGAGACUGGAUUUUGAUGAUAUACUGCAGGACAGUCAACGAUUGAGAGAGUUGCAUGUAUACUCGUUCCAAGAAGAGGAAGGUAUGACGGGUACCAAGUUGUUUGGCGGUAAGGUUGUCUCAAACGAGUCGUCAUCCCUGGACUCUCGAAAAUACGGUAACGACACCAUUCAUGCAAAUCACAUGAACAUGUGCCGCUUCAGCACAAAAGACGACGACGGCUAUGAAAAGUUUUCUGCCGUCCUUGCAAAGUACAUUAGCGAAAUAAAGACCAAACAGUCCGAAGCGAAGAAUGCACGGAACAAUGAUAUUCUGACUGGACUCGAUUUUGCAGAGCGCCGGGCACGAGAAUAUCAACUGCAGAACUUCGACACGAAACAAGAAACCUUCUCUUGGAUCUGGUCAUCAUCUUCGUUCGUGGAGUGGCUUUCAAGCCAGGACGGAGUGUAUUGGAUCUCCGGCAAACCUGGAAGCGGGAAGUCGACUUUGGUAGAGCAUCUCGUACAUCAUGACCGGACGAAGCUAGAAUUGCAAAAGCGGAUACGUCUACAUUUUUUUUUCGAUUUUCGUGGGGGUAAAGGUAUCAACAACAGCUUUGAAGGCUUACUCAGAUCCCUUCUCUACCAGCUCUUCAAAGCGAUGCCCCAGCUUGAAACACUGGAUCCAGAUGACAGUAAAUAUGACUCCUUCUCCAGCUGGCCUGAACGUAAGCUCCGCGAUGCUUUGCGUACAUCACUUGGGAAAGCCAAGGAAGGAGUGUGUAUCUUUGUGGAUGGGCUAGACGAAUAUGAAGGAAGUCUCCUAGAACUCAUCCAAUUUCUCAAGACCUUAGCUACAAGCGACAACAGUCAGGAUACUUCGAUCAAAGUUUGUUUGUCAAGCCGUCCCGAACCAAUACCUUCACAGUUUCUGCAACAUCUCCCAAAUCUAUCCAUGUCAGAUCACAAUGCAUCGGGAAUUCAAUCGUACUGUCUUUCAACGCUUGAGGAGCUGGAGCCGAAGGUUCUUGAGGGUUUGAACAUUUUGCAGGUGUCUCAUACUAUUGCAGAACGGGCAGAAGGCGUGUUUUUGUGGGCACGUUUCGCACUAGAGGAAAUCAUACAAGGUCAUUCCAGUGGAGAAACCCCCAAAGAAAUGUUAGUGAGACUGGACUCAACCCCUCAUGAUCUAGAAGAGAUUUACGAUCGCAUGUUUCACCGUAUGGAUGCACCAGCUAAGGAAGAAUGUAUGAUUAUGCUACGGCUUGUUUGCUUUGCAAAGAGGCCGCUUGCAUGGCAAGAGCUACUUGUGGCUACCGAUAUUGCCAUGAACAAGGAUGUGGUCGAUAGUGAGCGUAUCCGUGGCGAUACAGACUCGGCAGUUGCGUCCAAAGUGUACAAAACUUUUACCCAAAGACUCCGUGCAAAAGCUGUGGGACUUCUGGAACUUGUCAAACAAGUCAAACAACAAACAGAUGGGUUUGACGAGAGCUUUAUUGCACCGAAAUUGAUACACAAAAGUGUAAGCACAUAUUUGGACCGGAAAGGAUGGCAAACAUUAGGAAUGCUGCAAGAAGAAAGUAUGAUCCAACACGAGUCAUUUUUCAUCAAAACAUGCACUCGGUAUCUCCAUCGUCUCCUGCGUCAUUCCAAGUUGGGAAAGAACACCAGUCGUAUCGUUUGGGAGGAAUGGUUCGAUAAGAAUAUUUCCUACCGGAUUUCCAGGGAAGUAUCUCAAUGGAACGACUCGGCUGGCAUGUAUUCCUUCUUCACCUAUGCUGCAGGCUAUGUCUUUGAGCAUGCAAAGUCCUUGGAGCGGCAUGGGGUCUCUUCAUACCCACUACUUGACAGUCAUUUGACAGAGCAAUUCUAUCUACACGUUCUUAAAGUGAACAACUGGGAGCAGAGAUCGACGAUAGAUGUUUGUCAGCCCUGUCUACGAGUACCCUGGAAAUUAUUGUUUGAGGACUUCGACGCCAUCUGCGUGGCAUCUCUCCAUGGGCUCGAGGCGUACUGCCAAAGUGAUUUGGAAACCAGAUCACAAGCGCCUGGACAAACUUUUUGGGAACGAGCUUUGAGUUGUGCGCUCUUCGGGUGCUUCUCGCCGGAAUUCUAUAGAGAUGAUUUCAGAUUCCCGCAAACAGUGACGUUAGCAUUACAGAACAUUACCACUGUACAGCAACUUCAUCUUGAGCAGGCGCUCUCCCUCUUAGUGGGGACGUGGGGGUCCACACCCCAUGCUGAGAUUAGGAAGUUGGUGUUACAACACGAGUCCAUAAAAUCCCUCCAGCUUGUCGACCGUGAUGGACAGGCCGUCACACUUCUUUGGUUACUCACUCAAGAUGGCCUUCACCGCUUUUCGAAGGAGGCUUUUGAUUUGUUGAUCGAAGGAGCAAAUCGCAGAGAAGAAGACGUGCGUCAACGCUGUGGCCCCGAGGGAAAUUUGGUAGAGACGUUGCUAAAACAGAGUCCGACCCCUCAGAGGAAGGAAAAGCUGAGGUGGCUUUGCGAGUACUACGAAUCAAUGUCUUGGCCUUUUGAAUACGAUCUCGAUGAAAUCGAAAAAAAGGACUUAAUCCUAUACAAACACAAUCUUUUUCGAGAUUCAACUUCGAGGACUUCAAGAGGAAAAGCUCACCUCUCUGAAGGUCGAGCAUGA